GCGUAACACUGUAGCCAUUUUCGAACAGAAACACAACAAUGAAAUCAACGAAUAACUGCCAGCCUAAAACAAUGCGUUUUUGGAGCUCAACCGAAUUGAAAUCGCAGAAAAUGAAUGAUUUGAUCGAGAGGGAGAACAUGUCAGUUCGCUUUCUGGAGACACUGAGUGCCGUCGAGAAGCAAGAUUGUUCCAAUCGAGGGACGUUUAAUCUCCGCUGGAGCCAUUUCCAAGCGACGGGCUGAAGUUAUUGAAAGACGUAAGUCAUGGACAUGGCGCCAGUGACUUCCCAGUCCCAUCAGCCCUUGCUGCUGUUGUAUCCCAUGACCUACGGGCUGCCCAUGUCUAUGGUGCGUAAGCAGAGCCUUGCCACAAUGGGGAUGCCAUUCCCCUGGGAGUUCAGAAGUGCCGAACCGGAGAAGGGGCCUCUGGGAAUGCCGGUGUUCCGGACGUUCCGGCUGCACAGGGUGGUCCGCUGCCUUCAGGCCUUGCUUUUCAAAGUUCUGGAGCGCUGCGGGGGCGUCAUGGAGGUCCUGCGUUCUGCUGCGUACCCUGCCCCGGCAGGGAAGGACCGAGCCCUGGGUCCGCUGGCCGAGAGGGACGGACUGGGCCCAACAGGGGGCGCCAGAGAGCAGGGGAGGUACCCUCCUGGCCAGGAGUGGAACUAUGCCAUGGAUCUGAAGGUCUUGGAAGAGGAGGUCUUGGAUGAGGAGGAAGUGGUCUGGGAUGAGGAUGAGGAUGAGGAGGAAGUGGUCUGGGAUGAGGAAGAGGUCUUGGCCCCUUAUGUGAAGACCAUGGAGGGUGACGACGCUUCAGGGGAGGAGGGUGAGUUGGACCUCUGUGAUUGGCUGGAGUGGGAGCCUGAGGAGGAGGAGUCACCCAGCGACCUUGCUGACCCCUUAGACCCCGCCCCUGAACCAGUCCUGCACCUCGCCCCCUGUGGGAAGAGUGCAGCCUGUCAGAACAGCCCCACGGGCCUCAACUCGGAAGGGGAGCACAGCGAAUCAGACUGGUCUGAUGAAGACGAUGAUGAAGAUGAGGAAGACGAUGAUGAUGAUGAUGAGUGGGAUGAGAGUGAUGAUGAAGAGGAUGAUGAUGAGUGGGACGAGAGUGAUGAUGAAGAGGAUGAUGAUGAGUGGGACGAGAGUGACGGGAGCUCAGAGCUGGACUCGGAGCUCUGGGACUCCUUCCUGUGCAGCGGUGACCCCUCCAACCCACUGCGCCUCUCCCCUCCCGCAGGGAAGAAGGGCAGGGUCCCGGAGACGGAUGAGCUGAGCUCGACCGGGAGCUUCCACAGCGCUGAGGGGGAGAGCGAGGGAGAGCGGGAGAGCGAGGGAGAGGACGAGCGGGCCGGCCCUCCACAGCCGGGGAGGAAAGCGGGCAAAAAGGUGCAGUUCAGUGAGGAGGUGGAGGUGCGCCCCCUGGUGGCCUGGGCCUUCGCCAGCCGGGCCGCACGGGACGGGUCCUGCUGGCUGCAGAUGGCCCGGGACCGCGACAGGUUCAGGAGGCGGGUCCAGACCGCCAGUGACAUCAUCAGCCCCUUCCUCCUGGCCAAUCACAGAGCCAGGGUGUGGGAGAGGUUUCAGCUGACCUGAAGACUGCAGCAUACAGCUUAAAAGCUCUUAAUGCACUGGAAUAAAUCUAUUUUUAUAUCUAUUGCUUUUUUUUUAAUGAAACCAGGUUUUUUAAAGUAUUGUAAUGUGAACUUGUUUUCUGUUUUCCAGACACUGAGUGUAAACCUGUAUUGGCUGUUUUUAUGUAAAUCAUAUCAGAACUCUGGAGUUUUGUGUGGUGGUACAUCUUUGUAUUUGUUUGUUAAAAAAAAUUAAAAUUUAGGUACUGAAUUU